AUGCUGGAGACGUCUGGGCAAGCGAACGAUAGAGAGACUGGCACGCUCAUACCCGAGAACACGCACAGCGAGGCCAUACCGUCGUGCAAGAAGUGCCGCACCAGCGCACAAGCAUCCAGCGGACGGACCUGCCAGGAAGGUGCUGCAGGAAUCCGACGUCAGCGCCUUCCACUCCCUUUUUCGGACCUGUCAACGAGUGAGGACGAGGAAAGCGUGCAGGACUGCAUCCCGUGCCAGCGGCGCCUGUCAGGAAACGGGGUUGUGCAGCGCUCCUUCGAUCACAUCACAGUUUGUUCGUUUAUCCGAAGGAAUGGCCCGCAGGAUAUGUACACCUUCGCGGAUAAAAUCGUAAAUCCGCCGGGGCCGCUCACAGUCCUAUCCCGACUCCGCCCUACUGGGUUUGAAAUGCCCACAAACUCCCCCGGGCUUGCCGACAGGCGCUCCUAUAUGUCUCCACGAGAUCCGUUUUACCAGGACGGGGCCCGAAGCCGGUUAUAUUCUCUGACGCGGUCCAGGAGCCCGGCACCGCUCCCUACCCUGCCUGAAGUCGGUCCAUACCCGGUUGAGCCUUCCAGAACCGCGAUUCAGGAGAACCCGUUAUAUUCUUCAGAGCCCAAGGAAGAGAUGGUGAGCGUUGAACGUAUUUUUUUCGCGCAUUCUCCUCAAAGUCCCGGCCCCAGCUUGGGGGCGCUGCCGUAUAAGAGCGAACGCUUUGCUGCGGCGUUUCCCAGGACAUUCUCCUUCUCCCGCAGCCGCGCCGAGGGCGGGAAGUGCUUUCACCGGGAAGACACCUGGAGCGCACCUAGUGCCAUCAUCGACCGUUGA